UCGUGUGAAUUAUUGUUUCGAUGUUUGGAGAGAUAAUGUUGCUAUAAAAGAAUGUGUCCUUAUCUGUGAGAGGAAUGGAUUCAUAAGUUUGGUGAAGAUCCUCCCACAAAAAUCACACAUUCAGUCAAGCUCCUCCCACAAAGCCUGCAGAAUGAACUUCACUGAAGAACAAAAAGAGUCGCUUGAAGAAAAGGAGAAUAAACAAUUGAGCGAAAUUGAGGAGAAAAAUAAGUCCAAAACUAGAGAAAAACCUUUAAGUUGCUCUCAAACCAAACAGAAAGAUUUAAAGAAAGGAAGAGCCAAGAAAUCUUUCACCUGCACUCAGUGUGGAAAGUGUUUCUCAAGCAAAUCUAGUCUUGAUAUUCACAUGAGAGUUCACACUGGAGAGAAACCAUUCAGUUGUGAUCAGUGCGGAAAGUGUUUCACACAAUCACCAAGCCUUAAGAGACACAUGAAGAUCCACACUGGAGAGAAACCUUACAAGUGUUCACACUGUGACAAGAGAUUCAGUCGGUCAGAAAACCUGAAAACACACAAGAGGAUCCACACAAGAGAGAAACCAUACACAUGUGAUCAGUGUGGGAAGAAUUUUGCACAAAGAGGACACCUUACAGAGCAUAUGAACAUCCACCUUGUAGAAAAACGUUACAAGUGUUUGCACUGUGACAAGAGGUUUAAUCGGUCAGGAUUCCUGAAAAAACAUAAGAUGAUUCACACUGGAGAGAAACCGUACAAGUGUUCACACUGCAACAAGAGAUUUAAUCGGUCAGCAAAUCUGAAAGCACACAAGACUAUCCACACUGAUGAGAAACCAUACACUUGUGAUCAGUGUGGGAAAAGUUUUGUACAAAAAGGACACCUCAAGGUACAUAUGAGAGUUCAUUUUGGAGAGAAGCUGUUCACUUGUGAUCAAUGUGGCAAGAGUUUCAAACAGUCAUCAUAUCUUAAAGGACACAUGAACAUCCACUCUGGAGAGAAACUGUACUCAUGUGAUCAGUGUGGAAAAACAUUUCUGUGGGCUUCAUACCUGAAGAAACACCUGAGUGUUCAUAGAAAGGAGAAGCCAUAUUCAUGUUCUUUAUGUGAGAGGAGUUUUUCACGUCUUGCAAAUUUAAAAGAACAUCAGAAAAUACAUACUGGUGUGAGAGAGUACAUGUGCUUUGACUGUGAAAAGACUUUUUCUUCAGCAAAGUGUUUAAAACGGCAUGAGAGGAUUCACACUGGAGAGAAACCUUAUGAGUGUUCACACUGUGACAAGAGAUUCAGUUAUCGAGAAAAUCUUAAAACACACGAGAGGAUCCACACUGGAGAGAAACCGUACAAGUGUUCACACUGUGACAAGAGAUUCACUCAGUCAAUACAUUUGAAAAGGCACGAGAUGAUUCACACUGGAGAGAAACCGUAUCACUGCACUGCAUGUGGGAAGUGUUUCAAUCGUUCAUCUUCUCUACACAGUCAUACAAAAAACAUUCACAGUAAGUAGAUCAUCUUCAGAUCUGAUGCUGUGUCCUCACCAAAUCUACCACAAUAAUGUGUCAAGCAAUAAAAUAUAAUCUAAAACAAAA